CGCGGAUACUAUGACUUUAGGCGAACCAGAACCAUUCAUGGUCAACCACUGCGAGCAGACAGUCGCUGAUAGAACCGGCUAUAGCAAUUACACCAUGCACUAUGACGAAUACGCCGACCCUACCGCCAGCUCGCGUUGCGCCCGAUACAGCCCUUCCUCGUACCACCAACUCGUCUCGCAUCGAGCUUGCACCCGAAGUCUCAACCGCAAACAGAGGAGGAACAUACGCAGCAGUGUUUGGGUCUGGGCCGCAGACAAGGAUGACCGGUCACAGCGUCAGUGAUGACCGGCGAUUUGGUAUCUAUCUUGCUAGUGCGACUGCGAGCGAGAAUAACCUCGCACUGCAUCGACUGGCGGCAUCUACGCUUCACGUCUUAGAGGGGCGGGCCGCAAGUCUUCCACCUACAUCUCCAAUGACAGUAGCGGCUUUGGAGCAACGUACACGUCGACCGCGAAGAUCCACACGUCGAUACAAACAUCCCCCCAACCACGAUCCACCUCCAGAGUACGUCGCAUUCGAUCCUUAUCCCUUUUUUGAUGCCAAACCAAAACCCCGCCGUCGAUCAACGAUAGAAAUCAUCGAAACCUGCUGCAGGGACGGAUUCAAGGCUACGACAGGCAAGGUCGGCAAGAGUGUGGUCAAACAUAUCGAAGACGCUAGCAAGAUAGCCAAGGAUGUACCUACUGCCUUCAAGGAAGCUCAGGUGAAAUUGAGUUUGAAGAGGGCCAAGGAUAAAAUACGAUGGUUGGAGAAGCACCACUACCUGAGUGGGCAGGAGAGGUUGCUGACGCAGGAGCUCGUUGGCUGAGAUGUUGGCAAUGUCGAAGGACAAAACCUCCGACUGUGUUGUCAGCGUUUAUGGGAACCUCAUACUUUAGAAGAAUAUGAGUGGGAGUGUUAUAGUAGCGUUGGUAAUAUUACUUGAUUGAGCCUUUGUGGUGCCGAUCCCAGCAUCAGAUUCACACUCAUGAUUUGUUCGACGUACGUGCGGUCGUUUGGUUCGCACAGCACUCUCAGCACUGCAUCUCC